GGCGCGGCGGCGGGGCUGGCUGGCGGCAGCUGCGGGCGGGAGCCGAGUGUCCCGUGUGCACGUGUGGCGGAGCGGCGGCAGCAGCGCGGCGGCGGCUUUCCCCGCGUCUCCCGGAGCCUCAGGGCCUGGCUUGGGCUCUCGCGGCCUCCUCAGCACCCUUCGUUCAGCCGAGCGGCCGGCGUGUGGGCUCGAGUGGCCUGAGGUCAGGGCGCGGAGAGCUCCGGGGCGGCGAGGACGACGGCGUUGGUGGCGGCUGUAACGACGGCCUCAGCAGGCGGGGAAGAUGAAAGGUAGCCGGAUCGAGCUGGGAGAUGUGACGCCACACAAUAUUAAACAGUUGAAGAGAUUGAACCAGGUCAUCUUUCCAGUCAGCUAUAAUGAUAAAUUCUACAAAGAUGUGCUGGAGGUUGGCGAGCUAGCAAAACUUGCGUAUUUCAAUGAUAUAGCUGUAGGUGCAGUGUGCUGCAGGGUGGAUCAUUCACAGAAUCAAAAGAGACUUUACAUCAUGACACUAGGAUGCCUUGCACCUUACCGAAGACUAGGAAUAGGAACUAAAAUGCUAAAUCAUGUCCUAAACAUCUGUGAGAAAGAUGGCACUUUUGACAACAUCUAUCUGCAUGUCCAGAUCAGCAAUGAGUCAGCGAUUGACUUCUACAGGAAGUUUGGCUUUGAAAUAAUUGAGACAAAGAAGAACUACUAUAAGAGGAUAGAGCCUGCAGAUGCUCAUGUGCUUCAGAAAAACCUCAAAGUCCCAUCUGGUCAGAAUGCAGAGACACAAAAGACAGACAACUGAACAAAUUACAAAUGAACUUUAUUGCACUUGCUUGUCGCCAAAUAAAAGAAAGACCCAUUGAUCCUCCCCACCCCCUUUUCUUCAGCUUUCCUCCCUUGUUAUUCGUCCUUUCUUUCCUCUUAAAGUUUUUAAUACUUUCAAGGACUCUUAAAAAUGAUCAUGUUUGGAUUGUUUUAGUUCUCUUUAUUUUUGUGAGGUGUUUGGAUUGAAGGAAGGAGAAGAUAGGUAUGUAUAGUUUCACAGUUGAGAUAUCUCCCAAAAUUGGGUGUCAGAUGAUUUAAAAUUUUUAGCUGUUUAUUUUAAAACAUCCUGCUUUCACAUUGAAAGGCAGAGCCUACAAUAUUGUUUAUUUCGAAAGACAAAAAGAAGCAUCAGCAAUAUCUUGUUCUCUAAUUCAUAGGCAAGCUUAGUGUAUUUGUGGUACUUUGAGUUUUAAAGACUGUCUGUGGGAUGCUAAUCCCUGACAUUGCCUUCACUCUACCUUUAGUCCUUUGAGUGCUCUCAGGAGUUGGACCAUUGUUAUCCUUGUGAGAAAAUACCAAACUUAUUUAGGUUUUUAAAGCAAUUUUUCCUCUCAGUUUGCUGAUUGGCAGGGCAGUGUGUAUAGGUAGUAUCAUACUUUGGUCAAAGUAUUUCAGUUAAACGACUUUUUUUUUUCCUUCUUCUUUCCUGCUGUUUAUUUUGUUAGUAGAGGCAUUAACUGGUAGAGUGUGGGCUGGUGAAAUUAACUGUUUUAAUAUCCCAGCUAGAGAUACGGCUUCUAACUGACCUAAAGAAGAUGGUUAUAAAUGAUUUUUUUUUCUCCUGUUUUUUAGUAAGUCCAGUAAUAGUGUAACCGUAUAAAUGGAGUUAUGCCCUUAUAAGUCAAUAUCCCUAAAUAAAUCUGAAGCAAGUGUUUCCUUUUGGACAUACAGAAUUACAUAAAAAGCCUAGAUGGACAUGUAACACAUUAAGUGUAUUUAUGUCAACUAAUACAGAUUGUUAAAAGUGUGGCCAUUGAGCAUUUGAUAAUAUAUGAAAGAAUUUCUAGACAGUAUUUUUGAAAAUAACAUUGUUAUGCUAUUGCUUAUCUGUUGGAGAACAUCCCAGAUUUGCUUACACUCUGUGCCUACAAUGUUGAGUUUAAAGAUUUGGAAUAAGAGGAAUCAGUAGAUAAAUUCCUUCUAUUCUUGGAACAGUAGAAGUGUAAAGUGUUAAUAGAAAUAUCACUGUGACCUCCAGUUGACAGGUUUGGUUAAGGCCAGAUGAUUUUCCGGCACACUAGGAGUGGCUCUGAUGGGCUGAGAACUGUAACGUAGAGACAUGUGAGAUACUCAUUUUCCUCGCAUUGUCCCAUCUAAAAUCCAUGGAAUUUCUUAGGUUGUCAUUAGUCAACAGUGGCUCAAGAAAUGUUCUCAUGAGACUUUUAAAACAGCACAGAAUGUAUGUUUUCUUUCAUUUAAUGUUAAAAGGAAGUUUAACACAUCCUCUAAGUAAAAUUGUGGUAUAAAAGUCAUUUCCAUAGGUUAAAUGAUAAAAUUAUCUCACAAGAUGUUUAUGCACACUUUAUAACUCCCCGAAGUUUUUAUUUGAGAAUGUGAAAGUACAUAAAGUGGACUUCAGUAGUCUUGAGUGCCAAGAAGAAUAUAAACAAGGGGUGUGGUGGAUGGACGGAUGGAUAAAUGUAUAUUGUAGUGAAAUUGUAGAAAUAAUAUGCUUGUUUCUUGGGUAUCAGUUUCCUAGACAGUCCAAAUCUAAGCUCAGAAGAAAAGUUUAGUGUUAAGCACCUUUACUUUCAUGGAUAAAGCUUCAGCUUGCUCUUAAUAAGAGGGUAUAAAUGAGAAAGAGCAUAAUUAGUUUGAAGAAGUCAGCAAUUUUGUAAACUUCCAGAUAGCAAAAUAGAUUUUGAUAUAUAAAAGAGUUUUCUGAGAUGACACUGCCUCUAUUUCUAUAACCAUUUCACUUGGACUAUCUGAGUAGUCCUAUGAAUGUAUCGCUAAAUGUGGUUAUUGAAAACCGAAUAGCUGCCUCACAACAAUUAAGUACAUGUUAUUUAAAAAGGAGGAACAAAUAAUAAAGUUUGAAUUGAGUGUGUAGGCUCCCUAUUAUUAUAGUUUCUUUUUCCACACUAGUCAGUGAUUUUACCUAAAACUUCAAUGUAUGUUAAGGGUCAAAUGUCCUGUAUCAAAGUUGCAUUAAAUAGUUUCAUCCACUUAUAAAAGGGGAAGUUGUCGGGGAGAGGUAGAAACUGGGACUGGUCCAAAUGCCUGUGAGUCGGGAAAUACUAAAGGAAUGCCCGAUGUUGAAUUUGGUUUUUUUUUUUUUUAGUUUUAUUUUUGGGUAUUUUUUGGGGGGGGGGGGUGCUUUUUUCCCUUUGUUUUUUAAUAUAUGAUAAAAAUAAUUUUUGAGGUAAGAUAGUAAUUCUAUUAAUUGGAAGAUAACGAGCUAUCUCCAUUUGUCAGGACAGAUCAUUUUUAAUGUGGGGUAAAUAGGUUAAAAUUAUUCUGUAUGCUGUUUGAACCUAAGUUCUAAAGUAAAGAAUCUGUAGAGAAAUCUAUGCAAUAUAUAAUUUGUCAAGAUUAAUUUUCAUCUGGGGAAAGGAGUUCCUAAGUGUCUCCAAAGCAGGUCACUCAUUAAUUUGAAAGUCCUCCAAAAAGAGAACUAUUGGGAAGUGUGGUGUGUGGUGGUGGAAAAGAAAAAAACUCCCUCACUUUUUGGAGGGAAUAACUUUAAAGAUGCUUAAGUGGCUACGUUUACUUGGUGCAGUUAAGAAUUAAACUUGUCAAUUUUAACGUUGCUGUUACAUCUGAAAUAAACUUAUGUGAUGUUCUGGUAGUAA